AGCAGAACUUGUUACUGACACUCCAAACCCAAGCUUCUCCUCUGUCGCGGCUCAGCCCACCACCGUAUGGUCCAAGACCAUCGCUUACGAUGUUGUGUCGCUCUCGUGCAUCCAGAAAUGAUCCAGUGCUCAUCGUUUUCUACCUCGACUUUGGGCGGGGAGGUGGCUUCGGAACGCCCGUGGUAUCGUACGCUCCGCGGCCUUUAUCUACGUUCGUCUCGGGAUUGUGGGUGGUAGCCAUUUCUUGUUUAUCGUGAGGCUUAGUUUUGCUUUGUAGG